AUGGGUCCCAAUUAUCAACGAUUUGCUCGAUUGGUAGAUUGUUGUCAUCAAUUGAUUCUUCAGCGAAAACCGUAUUGUUUAAGAAAAUUCCAUCUUUCCCUGAAAGAGUUUCUUGAGAUUUUUCGGGUGGCAAUAGACUCUCUGAUAUGCGCCGCAAUUUCUUGCGGAGUCCAACAACUUGAGGUUUUUGUGGGACUUGAUCGUUCCAAUGCAUUGUCUCCUCCGGGAAUUUUGUCCUGUCCUGCAAUUUUCAGUUGCAAAACACUUGUAGAAAUGAAGCUGGAAAGUCGCUUUACUGAUUUCUACGUCCCGGAGACAGUUUCUUUGCCGAAUCUUAAGAUUCUGCAUUUGGCACAAUUUAUAUUGACAGAUGAGCUGUCUACUCCCAGGCUCAUUCAGGGUUGUCCUGUGCUCAUAGAACUGUAUUUUGACUGUUUAACAUAUUCAGAGGGUGAAGUUCUGACCCUUUUGAUAAAAAGCCCUUCCCUGGAAAAAAUCUACCUCCAUUGUGUGACUGAUGAAUGGGACAUUGUUCUGGACAUCCCCAGUGCUGUAAAUUUGGAAUGCGAGGUUGAGGGAGCGAGUAAAACAAGUAUAAAUGCCCCAAAGCUUCAACAUUUGCACUUUGAUGGCGAUGCAGUUGAAGUAAACAUUCUCCCAAACCACAAGUCUCUUGUGUUGAAGCCAGAAUAUCAGUUUCUUGCCCUUAUAUUGUGA